CAUUGGUCUUGUAUCAUCCCCUCACUUUGAGCGCUUACUCUGUUGUCGUCCGAAGUUUGGUUUUUAUUCGCAUUGAUUUGCUGUUCGUUUGAUCUCAAUAAUUAUCGUCCAUGUGUGAUCCUGAGGGGAUUAAGUCAUUUCUGUACACUUUCUUGCAAACUAAGAAACGCAUAGCACCGGAGUAUACUUUCAUUGAGAAGCCCGUCGGUCGGAAUAAGGUUAGGUUUCUUUGUGAGGCUCGGGCUGAUGGCUACAAUUACGUUGGAAUAGGAAAUUCUACAACAAAAAAAGAAGCUCAAACGAAUGCAGCUAGAGACUUUGUUAACUACCUUGUUCGUGAAGGUGAAAUCCCUGCAUCUUCCGUUCCAACGAUACAACCUGGGAAUGUCGUAUAUCCGGAAUCUGCAAGCGCAUCUACAUCUGAAAACUUUGGGCAAAGUUCUCAACAACAAGGAAAUUCGUUAGGUUCUGGUGGUAGCUACAUCAGUAGCAUAUACGACCAAAAGAAGUUGGAAGAGGCAGAAGAGGUGGAUUUAACUUCUGAUUUGCAUGGUGGUUGGUCUAUGGAAAACGCCAAGGCACGUCUAAAUGAAUACUUACAAGCAACUCGCCAGCAAGUGGGCCAAGUGAAAUAUACUUCAGUCGGUCCAGAUCAUAGCAGGAGUUACAUAGCGGAGAUGACUGUCUUGGCGAAAAAUCUUCGGAAAACCCUGUACGCUCGGGAGGCGGGGUCAAACAAACAACUAGCAUCUCGUGCUUGUUGCCUAUCACUGGUCCGGCAGCUCUUUCAUGCAGGCGAAUUGGAAGCAUAUACUGGCGAAAGACGAAAAAAGAAGCACAGUGAGGUUGCAGUGCAUGAUGUCAAUUUGAAUUCAAAAGUUGAAGAAAAUUUAACCGAUGUGUUGGAAAAUUUGGGUCUUCCCGUUAAUUUGAAACCUUCAAGUCUCCCACCAGAUCAAGCUUAUAAUAUGAUUACCAAUUACAACUUGGUAGACUUUGGUGAUGCUCCUAAACAACAACCCCAGUUGGUCGCUUGGUGUCCACCACUCCCUAACUGGAAUCCAUGGACUGCUUGCAAUAUCGAUGAAGGUCCAGAGGCUACUCAACCAUUACCUCAUAUUAGCGCUAACUUGGCUGACGAACGGUUACGUCGACUUGAUAGCGACCCUCAGUUGCGGUCAUUAAUGGAUGAGCGUGCUCAGUUACCCGUGAAUCCUUACAGGGCUUCAAUACUAGAAGCCGUUAGACGGAAUAAAGUGACAAUUAUUCGUGGCGAAACCGGAUGUGGCAAGACCACUCAGAUUCCUCAGUUCAUUUUGGACUCGUAUUUAGAAUCGGGAAUAGGUGCCGAAUGUUCUAUUCUGGUAACACAACCACGACGUAUAUCUGCUAUAAGCCUUGCCGAACGCAUCGCUUAUGAGAGAGGCGAAACUGUGGGAACGUCUGUUGGAUAUUGUGUUCGUUUUGAGACCGUUUAUCCUCGUCCGUACGGGUCUAUCUUGUUUUGCACUGUUGGGACAAUGGCACGCAAAAUGGAAGGAGGUCUUCGAGGAGUGUCUCAUGUUAUUGUUGAUGAAAUACAUGAGAGAGACGUUAAUACAGAUUUCAUGCUCAUAUUACUGCGCGAAAUGAUAAGAGCAAACAGAAAUCUCCGACUUGUUCUUAUGUCUGCUACCAUUGACAUAACUAUGUUCAGCGAAUACUUUGGCGAUUGUAUGGUUUUGGACAUCGAGGGUCGUACACACCCUGUUGAGUAUUACUUUCUAGAAGACUGUGUAAAGAUGGUUAACUUCGUCCCUCCACCUGCUGAUGAGAAAAAACGGAAGCACCGCCAAGAGUUAGAAAAUGCGACAGAUUACGCUGAAGAAAAUUGCAACUUGAAGUGUGAUCCUAUUUACGGGGAGGCGGUGGUUCGUUCCAUGGGCGAAAUGAUCGAAAAGGAGGUUCCUUUUGAACUUGUGGGUGCGCUUUUGGAUAAGAUCAUAGGUAUGAAUAUUCCCGGCGCUGUCCUUAUUUUCCUUCCUGGUUGGAAUAUCAUUAGUCUUUUGCGAAAGUAUUUACAGUCUCAUUCGAGAUAUGGAAGUCCCAGCUAUGUUAUUCUGCCGCUACAUUCUCAGAUUCCUAGGGAAGACCAACGCCUAGUUUUUCGUUCCACUCCUUCUGGUGUUAGAAAAAUUGUGUUGGCAACUAACAUAGCUGAAUCAUCUAUCACAAUCAAUGAUGUUGUCUUUGUGAUAGAUUUCUGCUUAUCACGCACGAAGCUUUUCACUGCUCGUAACAAUCUGACGUCAUAUUCUACUUCAUGGGCAAGCAAAACAAACCUGGAACAACGGCGAGGCAGAGCUGGUCGAGUUCGUCCAGGAUUCGCUUUUCAUCUUUGUAGUCGUGCUCGCUUUGAUCGUUUAGAACAGCAUGCUACUCCGGAGAUUCUGCGUACUCCGUUACACGAACUGGCAUUACUCAUAAAGCUUUUGCGUCUUGGUUCUGUUAGAGACUUUUUAAUGAAAGCUUUACAACCACCACCACUCGACGCAGUUAUUGAAGCAGAACAUACAUUAAAAGAGAUGAAGGCGUUGGAUAAAAAUGAUGAACUGACUCCUCUGGGAUUUAUUCUUGCUCGACUUCCAAUCGAGCCACGUUUGGGGAAAAUGUUAAUAUUUGCUUGUGUCUUUAAUCUGGGUGGAGCAGCUGCUGUUCUCACAUCUACUGCAAGUCUUGGAUGUGAUCCAUUUUUAUUGCCUCCGGAUCAUAGGAGACUCACAAAUCAGCAACGGUCAUUUGCAGCUGGCUACUCAAGUGAUCAUUUGGCUGGUUUGAAUGUUUUUCAAGAGUGGACGACUGAACGUACUCGUCGAGGUGAUGAGUCAGCAGAUUUAUUUUGUGAUCAACAUGGUUUCAAUAGCUCUGCGUUAAGAGUUAUUGAUGAUGCUGCAAACCAACUUAGAGCUAUUCUCAUUAACUUGGGUUUCCCAGAAGAGUCACUGUCGGAUGCACCGGUUAAUUUUAAUUUGAAACACAAUAUCGAUUGCGAUAUACUUAGUACUUUACUUGUGUCUGGAUUGUAUCCAAAUAUCUGUUUUCAUUCAGAUAAACGCAAAUUACUAACAACUGAAGGUACUUUAGCACUUAUACACAAAAGUUCUGUCAAUUGCAUGAAGGACAUCAAGUUCACUCAUCCAUUUUUUGUUUUCGAUGAAAAAAUUCGUACUCAGGCCGUUUCGUGUAAAGGUCUUACAAUGGUGAAUCCAAUUCAGUUAAUGCUUUUUGGCUGCCGCUCUGCUAUCUGGAAAUCUGAUGAUUCUAAUGAUAAAGGAAUAGUUGUUAUUGAUGAUUGGAUUCCUUUCCGUAUGAGCUUCAUGACUGCUGCCCGAAUUUUCGCCUUUCGUCCAGCAUUGGAGGCAUUACUUGUCCGUACUUGCUUACGACCAGAAGGUGUUGCCGAUCUUCGAGAAGAAGAUCAGCAUGUUAUUAAUGUGUUGCGUCAACUAUGUUCGCCAGAAGCAUUAAAACCAAAUGCUAGUUUUGAUGAGGCAAAUAACUUCGAUUCUCCGCCGAGAAAACGGUUCGCUACAUCCGGUAAUUGUCCGUUACUCUCGGGUCGGUCGCAUCGAAAUAAAGGGUAUGAAAAUUCAUACUCGGAAAAACAAGGUUUCGGACGCUAUACUAAUUGUCCUAAUCGUUCUACUGACUCAGAACAGGUGCAUGAUAUUCAAUGUGGUCUUUGGCAAGACCCUCAGCCACAAUUUUCAAAUCCGCGAUAUGAUCAAGUACCUGUCAACCGAUUUUCUGGGAACUACAUGGGUGCAAGAUCGUUUGGUCCUAGUGGUGUAGGAAAUAAUUUUAAUGGAUCAUCAUGGAAUUCAUAUGGCGCACCAACUUUUGGUGGGUAUCCAUAUCAACAACAGUUUACAAACGAUCGUUUUGUGCAACCUAAUCAAAGACCAUCAAUUAGACCUCAUUGGGGUGUCCGUUACUAAUUUUUAGUCGUAUAACUUUUACAAAGUGGUUUUAACUGUAUUUAAGUGUUUUCAAGUUAGAUCCAUCUUUACUACGUUUUACUUAUUUGUGAUUAUUUUGAAUUCAUUUAUAUAUUUGUUACAUCAAUAUUCCGUUCUGUGUAAUCUAUAAAAUGUGUUUCUUGUUGACUUCUUUUCCAUUGACUAGCUUCAUUGUUUUGGGGUUUGAACCUUUGUUUUCAUGCAACGUUAUGUUACUAUUUUGGUUGCAAUGAUAAAGUCGUUCUAACUUUUCUAUUUAUAUCUUUGUCCCAUUACUUAGGACCAAAAAACUAGGAUUCGCUCUUCCAUGUUCAUUUUACUUAUGAAAAUUCGUUCCAUGGUUCAUAAUAACAAUUCAUUUCACAUAACAUAUCAGUUUGAUUAAUAUAAUGUCUAAAGAAUUA